UUUCAGAGUUCCUCUUGGAUCCUUUGGGCCAUUGGCUGUGCCCUGGGAGGGUUCUUUGUGCUCCUUUGUGACACAGGAGAACCUUCCAGGCGGUUUCCGUGUGAGCUGCUGCUGUGAUGUCAAAGGAACACUGCCACGUCCCCGUGGUGUUCCCGUUGCUGUGGGACACGGAGGCCUCAGUGUCCAGAGUGGCUGUGGGCACUGCUCGUUGCCGGAGGAUCCUCCUGCCCGAGGCAUUCUCAGCAGCCAGCCCACCCCUGACGGGUCUCCUUCUGUGCUUGCAGGGCUACAGUCAGCAGACGUGUGCAGCGCAGCCAAAAUGAUCCAGCACGUGGUUGCUGCAGUUUGCACGCUGUACUCUGUGGCGUAUUCAGGGGCACCUCAUGUGUGGAUCCCGAGCAGCUCCUCCUUCGGGCACAAAAGCAGCACCAGCACCUCCUCUGGCUCCCUCUGCUUCCAAAGAGGAGGCCAAAGAGGAGGAAGAGAGCAGUGAGCUUCCCGCUGUUCUGGGGGACGAUGGUGAACUUCCCUCAGUGCCAGGAGAUGAGGGUGAACUUCCCGUUGUUCUGGGAGACGAGGGUGAACAUCCCGUAGUGUGGGAAUACAACGGCGAGGCUCCCGCGGUGGGGGACAAGGACAGUGGACAUCUCCCGGCGUGGGACGAGGACGGUGGAUGUCCCCUGGUGUGGGACGAGGAUGGCCAAGCUCCCAUGUUAUGGGAUGAGGACGAGAGACAUCUCCCGGUGUGGGAUGAGGACAGAGGACAUCCUGUAGCUUGGGAAGAGGAGGGUGAACUUCUCCCAGCAUGGGAAGUGGACAGUGAACGUCCCCUGGCUUGGAAAGAUGAUGGCGAACCUGCAGCAUUUUGGGAAGAGGACGGAGAACCUGCCUGUGCUUGGGAAGAGGACACUGAACCUCCCUCGGCUGUGGGAUCCUGGGCUGAACAUUCUGCCAGCAGCACAGCCCUGCAGCCAGAGGGGAGAGGGGAGUGGUGCCUGAUGCAGCUGAGGAACAGUGUGAGCCUGGCAGAGCCUGCCGAGAAAUACCUGGAAGUGGAGCAGAUUGGCCAAGGGUCCCUAGCGCACGGUAACAGAGGCUGGCCAGCCCACGCGCCCGAGACACGGAGCCGUGUCUGGGAACCCACGGCAGCAAACCCCGGCAGCACGUGGAAGCUACGCCACAGCCGGGCUCCCAAGAGCCGCGUGCAGCCAGGGAGAGCGAAAACGCACACCGCAAAGCCGCACAAGUGCUUGGAAUGUGGGCAGGGCUUCAGCCGGAGCUCCAAGCUGAUCCAGCACCAGAGGAUCCACACUGGGGAACGGCCCUACGAGUGUGGGGAGUGUGGGAAAAGCUUCAGAGACAGCUCCCACCUGGUCCGGCACCAGAGGAUCCACACUGGGGAAUGGCCCUACGAGUGUGGGGAGUGUGGGAAGGGCUUCAGAGAGAGCUCCAACCUGAUCCAGCACCAGAGGAUCCACACUGGGGAACGGCCCUACAAGUGUGGGGAGUGUGGGAAGGGCUUCAAAGAGAGCUCUGGGCUGCUCCGGCACCAGGUGAUCCACACUGGGGAACGGCCCUACGAGUGUGGGGAGUGUGGGAAGAGCUUCAGACACAGCUCCAGCCUGAUCGAGCACCAGAGGAUCCACACUGGGGAACGGCCCUACGCGUGUGGGGAGUGUGGGAAAGGCUUCAACCAGAGCUCCAGCCUGAUCGAGCACCAGGUGAUCCACACUGGGGACUGGCCCUACGAGUGCUUGGAAUGUGGGAAGGGUUUCAACCAGAGCUCCAAUCUUAUCCAGCACCAGAGGAUCCACACUGGGGAACGGCCCUACAAGUGUGGGGAGUGUGGGAAGAGCUUCAGAGAGUGCUCUGCGCUGCUCCGGCACCAGGUGAUCCACACUGGGGAAUGGCCCUACAGCUGCUUGGAAUGUGGGAAGGGUUUCAGCCGGAGCUCUGAGCUGAUCCAGCACCAGGUGAUCCACAGUGGGGAACGACCCUUUGAGUGCUUGGAAUGCGGGAAGGGCUUUGGGUGCCGCUCUGCCCUGAGAGCACACCAGCGCAUCCACACUGGGGAGAGGCCCUACGAGUGUCCUCAGUGUGGGAAGAGGUUUCAGACCAGCUCCAAUCUCCCCCAGUCAUAGCCGGGUCUCCUGCAAGGCACUGAGGGGAGGCUCGUUCACCCCCCUGCCCCCACCAGCGUCACCACACGCCUUCCCGAAGUGUCCUCAAGUGCUCCCAAAGUGUCCUCAGAAUGUCCCCAAGUCUCUGCAGAGGUGACCCCCAGCCCAUGGCAGCCCAGUGGUGAUGUUGCUCUGUCCACAGCAACCUCGAGAUGUCCUCGGUGGCUCUUUGGCUCUGCUCGGCCACCGCGUGGCCACUGUGGCCAGGAGAGGGACAGAAGAAGAGGGUGUUGAUGUCCCUAAGUGUCCCCAGGAGGUGACGCUUGGCCCAGGAGGCACUGGCCUCCCACAGCUGCUUGGCCUCGGCCACCGUGACCACCAACGCUGCACGGAAAUCAGGGGACACCUGCGUUGUCCCCUCCAGGCCUAACUCGAUGUCCCCGAGGCGGCGCUGCAGCUCCUGGGGGAUCGCGGUGGCUUCGUCACACACAGCCACCAAGUCCCCCAGCAGUCCCAGGUACAGCUCCAGCCACUGCUCCCUCCUGAUGGCCGCAUCCGCCGGCUGUCCCCUCCUGGUGGCCGCAUCCCUGCAGGCGUCACGGAGCUUGGUGGUCUCCUUGGCCACCCGGGCCCAGCUGUCCAUGAGCCUGUCCAGCACACGCUGCCAGGCGCUGGCCAGGGCUCUCACACAGGCCCAGGUGGUCCCUGGGGUGUCCCCGAGGUUGGCCAGGGUCCAGCCCAGGGAGGGGUCAGGGCGGUGGCCCAGGGAGGGGACACGGUAGUGGCACAGGGCGUCCUGGAGGUGAAAGAUCAAGGUCCCCACUGAAUAGCGGUAAAAAGUCAAGAACCCACAAUUCUAAUAAAGAUUUGUAGGGACGGUAUGUUUAUUACAGCGCUGGGCGCACGUAGGGAUUGUUUCCCUUCAAAGGACAUGCGUGCUCCUGAGGACUCCUGAUCCUUGUUUAUUUCCCCUUACUAAUUUACAUAUGCAUAGAAUUUCACAAUAGGUUCAUGUAUUCAUUCUGCUGAUUUCAUGUUACACUCACAGCUAGUUACACUUGUACCUAGUUUUUUGUCAGAAAGUACAGAAAGAACUCCUGGGUCACUCUGCGCUGUCUGUUUCAAGCUCCCAGGAGUCUUUCUUAUCUCUUAUCUCUUUAGCUUGGAAAUUUGCAUGCUUUCUCCUCUGCUGGAGCAGUUUUGCUAGUGCUGCAGUUACCAGACUAAACAGCAUAUUUUAUUUAUGUUAGCAAGCUCAGAGUGGCACAUUUCAUCUAAAUCCAAAUGGAUUUCUACCCUGUUAAAUUUUCACUCUGUCUCAUUCCCCCCUUUCCAUAAGAUGAGAAGUAAAUUCUUUUACUUAAUGCAAAUCCUUAUGUUAAUAAGUGUCCCUUAAUGCUUUACUAUGCACAUUUGACCUACUAGGCACAAAUGCAAUAGCACAAGGAGUUCCCAGGCGUGCACAAUCUUUACUAGGAUAUACAAGCCCAGUUUUCUGAUCAGUGACUGGAUGAAUCUCAAAGUGGCAGAUACUUUGUUCAGCAUCAAGACACACAUCUUGAGCAUUAAUAGUAUUGCUUUCACAAAUGCAUCCUUGUUGUUCCCCAGUAGCACAAGAUUCUAAGUUUACUGUUUGCCACUUUUCAUUCACCUUUCGUGCCCACACCCUAUGUUCUGGGGGGUAGAGCACCAUUUUUCAUGAUUUAAUCCUAGGGCGAUGAUGGAGUGGAUAACAUAAACAGUGGCAUUACUUACAGUAAGUACAAAGGCAGUGGCCACAUUAGAAGCAGGAUCAUAGGUCACAGAUGCUUCUGAGAUUUCUUUAUAUAAUCUGAAAAUUUACCCUAGUCCAUCAGGAUUCAGAAUCAAUGGCAUUAUCCCAGACAAUCCUUCGAAUUUCAACUGGAAAAUUAUUUUCACCCCCUCCCUUAUGAUCAGAGCUGCUGUUGGCUGCAUCCAAAACUGUGCUUGUGUAAAACUGAAAGCUAAAGACACGUUAUCUUGAACCAUACCAAGCGCUCCUACUAUGAACUUGUGAUCUUGGACCCUGGCCUUUUAGGGAUAACUGUAGGGCUUGUUCUAAGUUUGCCAGUCCACCUGGCUGCUGCAGUCGCCAGCUCUCUCAUAGAUCCAGGUACUGAUUAGAACCUGGGACCAAGGCCAUUCAGUAUUUUUUUGGAUAGAGGUAUUCUAGGACUUCAAUUACAAUUAUACACAAAGCAGUUCCAUAAAUAAAAUUACAAACUAGCCCCCACAAUGCACUCAUUUUGCCCAAAUAAGUUUCAGUCUCAGUUCAUUGUCUCUUGGUGUCAAUUUCCAAGGGGCUUCUGGGGCCUGCUUCAUUCGAGUGUGGUGGAUCCAGGCAUUCUGCUACUUAAUCUUGAUAGUGGUGUGGGUGGUGAGAAGCAUCUGGAACGGUCCUUCCCACUGUGGUUCAAAGUCUUUUCUGUAAGAGACUUAAUGUAUACUUAAUUCCCAGGCUGUAUGUUAUGUAGCUCCCUGCUUGGAGUUCCAGCCACAUGUCUUUUCAUUUUCUUUGACCUGUCUACUUAAAGCCACCAUCUAGGUCUCUUGCACUAUUCUGGAAAUAAAAUGUGAUCCUUUGUCUGGGAAUAUUGUGACUGGAACUCUGAAAGCAGUAUUAUUUACUCUGGUCACCUUGACAGUUCUGGUGGGGAAUGCUUCUGGCCACCCUGAAAGUGUAUUUGUCAAUACUCAUAAAUAAUGACACGCCCCUUUCCAUGGGAAUAUUGAAAAGCCAAUUUACCACAGUUGUCUGGGUCCUUGGCCCCUCCCAAUCUGACCAAGUUUUGUCUGGGGGUAUUCUUGGGGUUAGUCUGGAGGCAAGGAUCACACUGUCAGUUCAGCUGAGUGAUAGUGGCAUAUAAAUUCCUAACGAUGAUCCUUUUGAUCACAUAUGUGUUCUAAAAAGCCUGUGGAAGCUACCACUUAAAAGUCAACACUUCGUUUUGAUGCACUCUGUAAUACUGGCAUGUCACAGUGCUCUGUCGUGGCGUGCUGGGCAGCGACAGCAGGGGCACGACCUUCCCCCCGAGAGCUCUGCUAUUCCCAGUUAUCGCUUGGUCCGGCGCAGGAACAGAUAACGACGACACGGGACUUGGGGUAACACUGGAUGGAUUUAUUAGGUCCACGACCUGGGACCCUGUUGCAUGCUGGGAUUGGGUUUUAGGGGUUCUUAUUUGUGUUAGCUAGUCGAGUCCUGUGUACCCCCGUGCUUCCCCCGUGUCUUCCACCCCCCCGCGGAGAGCCGUCGCCGCUGGCGUGCGGCCGCACCGCGGAUCACAGGGCGCCGCCGCCGCGCUGAGCGUGCGCAGUCAACGCGGAGCGCCACCGGCCAGGCGCAGAGCUGUGACGGAACUGUGCUUUGUGUUAGACUGAAAACAGGAGAGAAGACUCUCCAAAGUAGGUCAGUGAACUCUCCGCCACCCACACAGUGGCACGCAGUGCCGCCCGCGUGGGAGUGGAAGUGAAUCUCUUCACGGCCACGAAGAGCCAAAGAAGAGAAGCUUCCCAGGAGCGAGGACCCUGGUGCCUGCUUUUUGUUUGCAGAGAUCCCGGUUUGGUGGGUACUUGGCGACGGGAGGGUACCCGGGCUAUACUCUCCUUCACUUGGGUGGGCUUUGCCGCGCUUCCAAGGGUACGGAUACGCAGCAUGCAGCGUGAAACGGCAGCCGCCGGGGUCUUUUGCGUUUUUUGGUUUUCUUUCCCUCUUUUUCUGCACCAGGGGUGAGGUUGUGUGGGUAGAAGUAGCACGGGGACCGUGCUAUCUGCCGACCAGAAGGAAUUUUAUACCCUACUUAAGGGAACUCUAUUGGUGAAGGGCCCCUACCCCAAAAGUUCAGUUAAACAGUUUGUAAGGUGGUUAUACUUGUCCUUCCCACGCGUAACCACGGGGGAGGCUCGCAAAAAAGAGUUCUGGGAGUGGGUGGGAGUGAAAUUGGCGGAGGGGAUCGAACGCAGGGAUCCCUCCGUGAAAGAUUCCUUUGCCACUCUCCAUUUGCGGAUUUCGGAAGUGGUGUAAGCGGAAUCCGCACGAGAAGCGAGCAGGGAGGGAAAAGAGCCAUCGUACAAAAAUGUUGCUUCCCCUGAACGUGUUUCCCCAUCUUCCUUUCCUACCCCUUCUUCCCCUAACCCGGGUGAGCGGGGUGGGGGGUACUCCGCUGUUUUAAGGCGCAGGGCAGCCCCACAAGCGUGGGCCAUGCUCCUGGAUCCCCCAAGCUCCCCCGGCACCCCUGCCUUAGCGAAAUUGGCUACUUCACUGAGGAACUGACCCUCAACCCCUUUUCCAAUCCCUUUUUCCCUGCUGAAAAUCCCGGUUCUAGAGCUACCCCGCGCUGCUCUGUUUCUUUAAACCCCUUCCUUUGUCUCCCUGAGGAGGCCGAGGCCACGUGCUCGAUCCCUUUGUCUUCCCAAGAUGGAGGGCAGCCACAUGGCAGGGCCUCUUCUUCCCACAACCCCUUUCUGUCCUUCGUUCCGUGUCCCCACCUUUAACCCACCCCCCACCUGCCUCCCUGUGGGCGUGGGCGCCGCCCCCUUGGGAGUUCAGGUUACUCCCUCACCCAUUGUUCUCCCUCGUGUGGGCGUUCCCUCCUGUCCUUUGCAGGUCCUCCCUGCUGAGUCAUCGACCCCACCCUUUCCCUCCGGGGAGAGCUCUGCCAUCCCCGCCCCGCUGCCUGAGGGAGGCAGCCCCCGUCCUGUUCCCCACACCCUGUCCCCAUCUUCCCUUGGGCCCCGGAGAGCCGGGCGGGAGGGAAAGGGUGGGGGGGGAAUCGGAGCCCCUGCCUCCACAUUGCCAUGGUUCCUGGAGACCCGGGAGGGAGGGAAGAGGAGGAAGGGGGGAGCAAGAGCCCCCGACUCUGCAUUCCCAUGGUUCCCGGAGACCCGGGAGGGAGGGAAGCAGCGGGAGGGGGAAGCCGAGGUGGGUUUCUGAGCAUUUUCCAGAUUCCAUGGAACGGGUCGAGGUGGCAGCUGAGAGGCAUGUGGAGGGGUCAGAAGCCCAGGACAAGUCUGUCCUGGAAGCAGCAUCCGUGAACACUGAGACACAGCUUGAGAUCCCUAAAAGGCCCAGAAGCCACGUGGUUGCCUUGGAUGCCGUGCCUCCAAAGAACGCUGGUUCGAAGCAGCCUCCAUCGAGACGCCAAUGCUUCCACUGUGAUCAGAGAGGACAUUUUGUUAUCCAGUGUCCAUUUUUGGGCAGGGCACACCCAGGGACAGUGGGAGGGGGGGAGAGGAGGGGAAGGAGACCCCAUUCCCCCAAAAAACUGAAAAAACAACGCCCAUCUGCCUUGCGUGAAGAUAAAAAUAAGGCAGACCACAGCACCUUAAGGGGGGCUGUGAUUUAUCAAGUAAUUGUGCAGGUGGUAGUUCAAAACAUCAGGGUGCCUGUGAGUGUGGCAGGUGACCCCACCAAUCGGGGGGUUGCAUCAAACCUCAGGCGAUGCAAAAAGAAAAAGGACCCUACAAUCUCUCUAAAAAAUGCUUUUCCCCAGAGCCCCAGAAAAACCUUCCAGCCACCCCUGUCUGAGUGUGUCCCCAGUUUGCGUGCUUGUAAUAAAGUUGUCCCAGUUCCCCUAUCCCCAAACACCCCGGGAAGAACCACCCCAGCAUCAUCGCAGCAGGCCCUCUCCAUCUGCAAAGGGCAGCCAUUGCAGCAGCUGAGGCACCAAGAGCAGAAGCUGAGUGAAGAAGCAGUCAGACGAGCAGCAAAGAAGAUCAAGCAGCCGUUCUUCUUUUUUAUAUUUUGAAAAAGAGGGAAUUGUUCCAUCCUGGGAUUGGGUUUUAGGGGUUCUUAUUUGUGUUAGCUAGUCGAGUCCUGUGUACCCCCGUGCUUCCCCCGUGUCAUUCCUCCCCCCACGGUGUCUAGCCCCAGGCUGCCUGCCGUUGGAUUUUCCCUGCCCUGCCACUCCUGUAACCACUCCCCCACGAUCCCACUCAGCCCGAGGCUCGGUGUUUGCCCCUGCGGUAUCCCGGUUGGUCGCUGUCCUACGUCAUCACCCACAGGAACUGGGGGGGGACGUCUGCCCUCCCUAUCACAUCCCCUAUAUCAUCUUAUAUCAUCCCGCUCCCUCCCGGGUCCUGGGGCCAUUUCCCCCACGUGGAGUGGGAAGCGCGGGUGGCUACCCCCCCCCACCGCAGCUCUCCGUGACAAUAAAGCCUUCCUGCCUUCCUCA